UUCACUGUAGAGAAAACAAUUGCAUUAUAAUUUAGAUGGAUAUCGUGAUUUAUAGUUAAAUUAAAUAUUUUUGGAAAGCUUUAACUUUCAUUCCCGAUAAUACUUUUUUUUAUUGCUUUAAAAUGGUUCUUGGGCCAUUAGAUCAUUCUGUACAAACAGAUAUUAUAUUUGUAAUAGAGAAAACGGCCAUGAACACGUACAUUAGUGAACUCAAAACUAACUAUGUGACUCCAACUUUAGAAUACUUUAACCAAGGACCGAUUGAGGAACGAGAGUAUCUAUCUGAAAGUAGUAGCGCAAUCUAUGGUAUUGUGGUAUAUGAAGCGAAUGAUUGUAAGCCAUAUCCUUGUUGUCGUACAUAUGGAACAUUUACAAGUCCACAAAAAGUCAUAAAAAUGAUUGAAAAAAUAGAUAUGAUUGGAGGCAUGGCUGAAUCUCAUGCUUACAUGGGUGAAGGGUUAGCAACAGCGUUGGUUUUCUUUGAGGAUUUGCAAGAAAUACGUGAAGCUAAGCAGAGACAUUGUAUACUCAUAUGUAAUUCACCACCAUAUAAUUUUCCAAUUAUGGAAUGCGAAAGUUAUGCUGGACGUAGUGUUGAUCAAAUAGCUAAUCUUUUUCAAGAAAAAGGAAUUUUACUUUCAAUAUUAUCAGCUCGAAAAACUCCAGCGUUGUUGAAAUUAUUUGAAAAAGCUGGUGGUGAUUUACAAAUUUCUCAGAACAAAAAUUAUGCAAAAGAUCCAAGACAUCUAGUUUUACUUAAUGGAUACAGUUUAAAAGAACGUCCAAUGAGUCCAUGUCCUCCCACUACUCAUUCUGGUUUAUCAAUGACCAGUCCAUUACCAACAAAUGUUAACAUUGGAUCUCCAGUUGCUCAAUGUGCACCAUUUAGAACUAAUAAUCCAGUAAUGGCCAUGCAGAAUCAAGUUCAGCAACAACAGCAGCAGCAGCAGCAACAACAACAACAACAACAACAACAUCAACAACAACAGCAACAACAACAUCAACAACAACAAGCUGUUCAGGCAGCUCAACAAGCUGUUGCUGUUGCACAACAACAACAACAACAACAGCAACAAGUUCAACAACAGCAACAAGUUCAACAACAACAAAUGAUUCGUAAUGUAAAUCAAGCUCAAAAUCAGCCGUACUCAAAUGUUUCAAAUACAGGGGGUUUUUUGAGACCAUCUCAAGCACCACGUAAUUGGCAAAUGAUGCAAUCGCAACAACGUCAACCAAAUCAAGCAAGUGCAUUGAUUGCACAAUUAACACAACCUACAUUCCAACAAAGAUUGGCUGUGGCAUCACAACAACAAGUACAGCAACAACAAGUUCAACAGCAACAACAAGCUCAGCAACAACAGCAGCAGCAACAACAAGUUCAGCAGCAACAACAGCAGCAACAGCAGCAGCAGCAACAACAGCAACAGCAACAACAGCAGCAGCAGCAGCAACAACAGCAAGUGCAGCAGCAACAACAGCAGCAGCAGCAAGUACAACAGCAGCAACAGCAAGCUGCUUUACGAAUGAUGAACCAACAGCAACAACAAGUUCAACAGCAACAACAAAAUGGACCUGGAAGACAAACUAUUUGGACAGGAACAUUAGAAUGGAUAGAAAAAUCAAAACCAUUAACUGAAGUACCUAAAAUAACAAGAAAUGUUCCUUGUAUAGUUUCGGCUACUUUGAAAAAUGGAGAACCAGAAUUGAAAGCAGAAACUUGGCCAGAAAAAUUGAUUAUGCAGUUAAUGCCCAAAAAUUUAAUUGGAAGUAUUGGAGGUGCCCAUUUAAAAGAUUCAAAAUCUGUUGUUUUCCAACCCACACCAUGCGAAGCAUUAGAAUCAUUGACAAAAUACAUGACUAAUGGAUAUGCUGGAUGUGUGCAUUUUAACAGUGCUCCUACUUCUCACAACUGUGAUGUCAAAGUCUUAAUUUUACUUUAUACGCCAGAUAGAAAAGCUUUUAUAGGAUUUAUUCCAAAUGAUCAAGCUGCAUUUGUUGAUCGAUUACGUAAGCUUAUACAACAUCAAAAAGCUUCUUCAGCUAUGUUACGUCAAGGCCAGGGUGGAAUGGGAAUGCCACAAGGCAAUAUGCCUGGUCAAAUGCAAUUGCCACCAGGUCCAAAUAUGCCUAGUGGUCCAGGAUCUAACCAGAUUCCUGGUCUUAUGCAAAACAGUACAUUAACAGCAUCCUUGCAGAAUCAAUCUCAAACAAAUUUAGCUGAUUUGAUGGGGUCUAAUUUUACACCUCAAGGAAAUCAAGUUGUCCCCAACAGUCCUUCAGUUCAAAUUAUGCCUAGUCCUCAACCAACUGGACAAUCAGUUAACAAUCCUAACAUGUCAAUACAAAAUCCCGGUAAUGUUGGUGUCCAUCCUUCUCAAAGUCAGUAUAGUGAACAUAUUGAGAUAGCUAGAAAGCAGAAUUUGGCUAAAAUACUUCAACUUCGACAGACACUAGAAGCAGCACAGCAACAAGAAUUACAAUAUAAGUCUCAAAUGGAGAUUCAAAGUCACCAAAUGAACAUUCCACAAAUGCAGCAGCGUUUAGAACAAGCUCAAAUGCAAGAAAACAUUUUAAAAUCCCAGCUUGAAAUACGUAAUCAAAUGAAUGUGCCUCAAAUGCAACAAAAUCUGGAACAUGCUCAAAUGCAAGAGACUAUAUUAAAAGCACAAUUGGAACAUCAACAGGAAGAGCAACAUAAAUUGAGAACACAACAAUUCCACAUUCAUCAACAACAGCAGCAGCAACAACAAUCAAGACAAAUGGUUCCUGGAAAUCAAUCAUCUCAGAUUAUGGGUAAUAGUACACCACAGCAAAGAAUGCAAAUGCGACCUGUAAUGUCUAGUAAUCCUGGUCUUAGACAUUUAUUGCAACAACAACCUCAAUACAGACAACAAAUGAUGGGCAUGCAGCAAGUGCCUGUUGCUCAGGGCAGGGCACUACAACCCCAACAACAGCAACAACAACAACAACAGCAGUACGAUGAAGUUCCAUCCUUUGACUUUCUUAAUUAACUUAAUAAGCAAUUAUUUAAAUUACUCCUAUAGAAUUGUUUUAUAAUUUAUAAACAUUUACUAGUACCUAAGACCAAAAAUACUAUUGAAUUUCAACAAUGCAGUUCUAGGGUUGUUUUAUAUUAUUUUAAUUUAUUUUAAAUAAAAUAAAUUUUCUAAAA